CCGAACAAUUCUGGGCCCCUCCCCCAUUCUGGCUCUCGGCAGGCGUUGGUCCGCCAUUAUGCAGCACAGGGCUGGCAACUAAAAGGCAGUUUUAUUCGGCAUACUUUCUCGCUGCCACCAUUAUCAGCAAUGGAGCUGUUGGAGGGCGAGAGCACUGUUGUGCUACCCGGCACCCUGUGGUGCUUCAUCUGCGGCAAGAGGGUGGGUUCCUCCGCCCGCUCUUGCACGAACAUGUUCCAAGUGUCCACGUCGAGCAAUCAGCUACUGCACAAAUGCAUCGCCGGCAUAAUUAGCAGGGACUUGGUCGAGGAUCAGGUGCCGACUCCCAACCUGUGCAAGGCGUGCCACAAGACGGUGCUGAGCAUUGACGAGGUGGAGAUGCAGUUGAACGACAUGAAGGAGGAAGUGAUAAGCAGGUUGAAGAAAACAGAAGCCAUGCUUAAGAACGGGGAACUGCCUCCGACUGACGAGCCUAUUCUGCCAACCCCCAAGACAAAGACGCCGAGGGCUCCGAUUUUUAUCAAACAGGAGCAGGUUGAAGUCACUGUGGAUGGCGUUAAGAAGGAGCCACAGCCCGCGCCUAAAAGGUCUAGGGGCAGACCUCCGAAGAAGGCGUACACCCUGGCCGCUAAAAAGGACGCAGAGCCUGAUAGUCUGUUGGAGAAAUUAGAGGCGAUUCAUGGUGAGGGCAAGAGCAGCGAGGCUGAAGACAGUCUUAAGCAGAUCAUCGUCAGCGUCGGCGCCGGGGAUGACAAUGAGGACGUGGAAGCGUUAGCCGACUUGAGCAACACCUCUGACCCUGACUUUGACGCGGCCCAAGAGGAGGUAGAGGAACCUAGCAAGAAAACCAGGACGCGAACAACCAGAUUGGGUAGUAAAAAAGCCAAUCCACUAGCCAAGAAGCGCGGCAGACCACGCGACAGUGGCAGAGGAGCCGAGGAAGAAGAUACUCAAACUGGUGGAUCUGAGCCUGAAGCUAUGCUUAGCUGCUCUGCGUGUGAAUCAAAGUUUACCGAAGUAUCAAAACUAAUCACUCACUUGAAAAAAGAGCACGACAUCACCGUCUACAUGUGCGAGUUUUGCGGCGGAGAUUACGAAAACCAAGAAGCGCUUGAGGAGCACCAAAAAACGUCACAUCCUCCGGAUGCUAAUGAUGAAUCUAGUCCCGUCUAUGAUGCAGAUUUAGACGCCGAGGGAGAUUUCCAGUGUGAGCUCUGCAACAAGCUCUACAACAACAAAAGGGCUCUGAAAGAGCACAAAAAAGUUCACUACGGACGCAAUUAUUCUUGCGACAUCUGCCACAAAAGGUUUGCGACGAAAACGUUGCUGAGCGAGCACAUUGUGCAGCACGACGGACAGCGCCCAUUCGAGUGCAACACGUGCGCCAAAACCUUUGCCUCCAAAUAUUGCCUGAAGGUGCACUUGAAAACGCACCAAGUGCGACCGCGGCCCUACCAAUGCCAAUCGUGCCCAAAAUCUUUUAUGAAACCGGAGCAUCUUUCUCAGCAUGAGCGGACCCACACUGCCAAAAAGGAGUACCUGUGCACGACUUGUGGCAAGGGCUUUGCUAGCGCGCGAAACCUGGAGGUACACGGCGUGGUGCACACGGGCUACAAGCCGUUCGUGUGUCGCACAUGCGGCAAGGCGUUCGCGCGCCGGGCUGAAAUCCUCGACCACGAGCGCAUUCACACAGGCGAGCGGCCCUUCCAGUGCGAGACAUGUGGCGCAACCUUCAGCCAGAGGUCCAACCUGCAGAGUCACAAGCGGGCCACGCACCUUGACGACCGCCGAUUCGUCUGCCCUGACUGCAAGAAGAGCUUCAAGCGGCGGAGACUUCUGGACUACCACAUGCGAUCAGUUCACACAGGUGAACGGCCUUACCAGUGCGAGGAGUGCAACGCCACUUUUGUCUAUCCGGAACAUUUCAAGAAGCACAAGCGCAUACACACUGGAGAGAAGCCCUUCCGCUGUGAGGUGUGUGGAAAAGCUUUUAACUCUCGUGACAACCGAAACGCGCAUCGUUUCAUACACUCCAACAAGAAACCAUAUGAGUGCCUGGUGUGCGGCAUGGGAUUCAUGCGGAAACCACUGCUCUACACGCAUAUGCAGUCUCAAGGCCACGUGCACGACACGAUCGUGGUGAACCAGCCACAGGUGCCGCAGGGCGCCAGUACCAUGGUGCACGAGGCGGCUGCCGCCGCUGGAAUCUCUGCAGAGAAGGUGUACAUCUCCACGCAGGACCCUGACGGUAUUGAGGAGGCCGUGGAGACGAUUCUGAUCGAGACUCCGAUGCAGUUUGCUGAGGGCGAGACGGUGGAAGUGGCUGGUGACGGGCCGCGGGCUAUCAUCCUGCACACUGCUGAGGACGUGAAGGAAGGAGGCAACAUCCAGUUGGUGCACAUACGCCUCGAGGGAGACGACACGCCGCAGUGGGUCAACAUCUCCGAGCUGAAUGAGGAAGAUGAGCCGAUGGAAGCUUAGCACACUUUAAAAAAAUUAAACAAAACGAUUUGUUUUUGUCACUUUAUUUCUGUGUAGCCUUUGGUUAGGGGUAAUUAAACAUAAAGUAAUUAUCAGGCUGAAUUUGAAUCAUCUGCUGAAAGACAGUUGUAAUAAAGGAAACUUUUGACUAAAAUCUAAA